CGAGUUUAUGGCAAAGGUGGGGAGGGCCGCGCGAUCAAGAUGACGGUUCCAUGCGAGGACGGCCGCCUGGGCCAGCUCCGCGCGCUGAAGGCCCGCCUGCUGCUCGCCGGCCAGGGCGCCGAGCGCGCCGCCGCGGCGCCUGCCGCGCCGCCGGUGCCGCCCGAGGUGCCCGAGGCCCCGUGGGAGCCCGCCGCCGGCACCUGGCGGGGCCGCGAGAGCUGCAGCCUGGAGGCGCUGUACUCCGAGGCUCUGCAGCGCGAGGCGGCCCUGCACGACCUCUCGAACGGUGACGAUGACGACUCUGGCAGCGAGUGCGGCGGCAGCGGCGGCAGCGGGUCGGCCGACGGCGCCAGCGAGACGGGCAGCGUCAAAAGCGAGGAGCUGCUGGAGCAGGAGCUGAACGGCAGGUACGCCGUCUUGGAAUCCUUGCUCCGGGAGAAGCGCGGGCUGGAGGAUCAGCUUCGCGAGCUGCACCAGCUGACCGGACAGGGGUACCGCCCGGGCGCUCAGAGCAGGGGAGCGGGGGAGCGGGGAGAGGGAGGCGGGCAGCUCGGGGCGCAG